AUGUAAGAACAAUUAAAUUUAAGAUGUGAGGGGUAUAAUAUUUAAUUCGUUUCUAUGGAUAAUGAAAAACUUAUCAGCUACAAAGCUAAAUUAAUAAAUGAAUAUUUAGUUAAUGACUUAAUGAUGGAAGGAAAAUAUUUUAGAGAAGUUGUCAAAUAAAUCGAUGAUUAAACCUUUCUUGUGAAACAUCCAAGGGGGUAGACGUUAGAAUAAUUUAUUUAAAUGAGUAACUCGAUUCCAGAAAAAAUCAUUGAGACUAUCUUGGUUUAAAUUCUUGAAGGAUUAGCUACUCUCUACAAGUUUAGGAUCCCAGGGAGAUGUUUUAGUAUUUACAAUAUAACUUGGGAUGGAACUAAUAUUACUAUGAUGAAUUUCGGUUUAUAUCCUGAGAUUUGUGAAACACUAAUAAAGUAUAAUCAUAAUUUGGAUACUCUACUUUUAGGAGAGAUAGCUUACUGUUUGAUAACAUGCUCGACAAAUGUUAAAAAAAACUACAUAGAUGCUUUGAUUUCUCCUCCAAUAUCACAAUCAUUAAAAUAAUUAACUAGUCGAAUGUUAAGUCCAGAGAAUGAAAGGAUUUAAUUGUGGGAAGUAGCAGAAGAUUUUAAAAAUAAUAUGUCUGAGGAUGCUUAUAAAUUUUACAUAAAUAAGUAUUAAAAUUGUUGUAAAAGUGUUGAUUAAAUCAUAGAAGAUAGAGAAUCAUUAGCUUGUUCAACAAUUGAUAUAUCUGAUUAACUAAAAUCGGAUUAGUUCAAAAUUCAAGAGGAUAUGAGUUACCUAUUAUAUUAUAACAAAUAAAUAAAUAAAGACUAGAUCAUUUGGGAUUAGUUACAUGAUGAAUUAUAUAGGAUUUACAUUUUGACAAAUUUAAAAUAAAUAAUUGACGAAAAGUAUAAGGUUUAAGAAAUAUCGAUAUACUUGGAUUAGUUAAAAUUUAUUGUUGAUAAAACAAUCUUGAUAGUAAUGUGUCAGUUUCAAAGAUUAUUGUCAGCCCAAUUUUCUAGCGAAUCUUUUUGCCAAUUGAGAAAGAUUUUAAAGGAUAAGGUUUAUUGUGAAAGGUAAUUUUUCAAUGCACAUGAUAUAGAAGCCAUCAAAGGUUCUACUAAGGUAAAGAAAGAUACUGGAAAACACUUUCAAAUGGAAAUUUUCGAGGAGGACUUUAAUGAUAUAAAAUUAGCCUUUAGAAGUUAUGUUUUAAAUGUGUAUCGAUUUUAUUAGAAAAAUGCUUAAAAUUGCUAGGAUCCCCAAGAAAAAUGGGAACUAUCUAAAAUUUAAUUUUAAGUACUCAUGGCUAUAAUUUUGAACUAAGUAAUGAAUAAUAAGGAAAUUCAUUUUUAAACUGUUAAGAAAGUUGUUGGAACAGAUAACAUAAGGUUGAACGAUAUAGAAAUUAGAUUUUUUAAAUAUGCUAAUGCCGAAGAUAUUUAGGAAUAAAUUUCUGAAAUACAUAAAAUAUAUUUUUCUAAGUGA